AUGGGUCGAGAGUAUGAAAGAGCUUCUGUAAGAGCUGGAAGACUCUUGGAUGCAGAAAUCAACUAUCUUUGGCAGCUGCACCAUCCUAAUUUUGUGAAUUUAAUUGGUUACUGCUCGGAGGAUGAACACAAACUUUUGGCUUAUAAGUUUAUGCCUAAGGGUAGCAUGGAGAAUCAUCUAUUUGGGAAUGAGUUCAAUGUGGUUCUCACUUCCGAGCUACUUUCCUGGAAACUAAGAAUGAAAAUUGCUCUGGCUGCUGCUAGAGGACUUGCCUUUCUUCACAUACUGAGGCAGAAGACGUCUGAUUGUUUAACAUGUAAUUUCGCUGUUUGUGCUUUUGAUUUGCAAAACUACAAUGCAAAAAUUUCUGAUUUUGGGUUGGCUAGGGAUGGACCAACUGAUCAUAAGACUCACGUCUCAACUCGUGUCAAGGGAACUUAUGGAUAUACUGCUCCCGAGCAUCUAAUUACAGGGCUCAGAUCAAGAGCCGAAAAAUCACACAAGAACACUACACAAAUUGGACCAAGGUUACCUACUCAAAUGGAUUACAACGACGUACCCAAAACCCUGACGAAAGCUGUGCAUGAAGGCAGCGAAACAGGGACAAAAAAGGGGAUAGAGCCUAAAGGCACAUAA